AUGCUUCAUCGCGGCGCCUCGCUCCGGCCAGCUGGCUCCCCUCCGUACAGGCGCUGGCCGCAGCUUCUGUUCGAGCGGGCCGCCAGCUCCUCCACGACUUGCCUCCCGUGCGCGAGCCCCCGCCCGUGCUGGUGCAGGCCACCACCCCGAGCUCCCCGCUCCCCGUUUGCGCCUGCCCCGGUCGGCUCCGGCCUCCCGCCGGCUCCUGCGCCGCGCCCCCGCGCGGCCCUGGGCUCGUACCGGCGUCCUCCGCCGGGUGCCUGCGUGCUCGGCCUCGCCCGGCCGCCCCGCGCCCCGGCGGCGCAUCCGGGUCCGCCCCGCCUCAGCCGGCCACAGCUGCGCCCGGGCGCCUCGCUUGGCCUCUGCUCCACCCGAGCUCCUCGCGAGCACCUCCCCCUCGCCUCCGCCUGGCCGGAGCGCCUCCGCCAGCCACCGCCUCCAGCCACGUGCGCGCCCGCGCCACGAGCUCAGCCUCCCGUCGCAGGCGCCGCUUGCCCCCCGUCCAGCUUCGCGCGCGCCGGCCUCCCGCCCUCCGCGCCUCCCGGGUUCGGCUCCCCCCGCGCCGACUCGCCGCCUUGCCUGCCCGCCGGCUCCCGCGGGCCGGCUUUGCCUUGCCUCGGCCGCCUUGCCCCGCUAGCCGGCGUCCGCCUCGUCGCUCCUCCACGCGGCCGAGUGCCCCACGCCCGCGCCGGCUCCCCUUGCUCAUCGCCUGCCGGCUCCCGCCACUCGGACGGCCUGCUCUGUCAUCCGGCCGCCCUCCCCUAG